CCCUUUGCGCUUACCGUACUAGUGUUUGUUCGAUCCAAGAUGGCUGCGCUCGGGGGGAAAGUGGUCACAGAAUGUCUUGCAACAUGUAUGUUUCGACAAACAAGCACAUCGAGCAUUUCCUCUUUUCCUAGUGUUAUAAUAGGGAAUAAGUGGUUUGUACCGAGAUCACAUCUUCACACUGGCAGAGAAAGCAGGGGUCCACUAGUUAGGGCACUUCUCGGGUGUCCCAAUCAUGGCCAGUUCCUGCUGGUCAGCGCUGUGGCGGUCAGACACAACAGCUCACAGAUGACAGAAACGGCGCAGAGCAUUUCAACUUCAUUUGAUCCUGUAAAUACUGCAAUAUCUGACCCAGUCUCCAUUCUAAGUCCUCUUGCUGACCCCGCCCCCGCAGUCACGCCACCAAUCACAGAGCUGGUAGCCGAGGCUCCUCUCACUGCAUUGGAUGUUCUGCAGGAGGUAGGAGCUGAAGCCAGCCUAUCAGAGCUCGGCCUGGGGUGCAACACACCUGUGGGCCUGAUCCAAAAUCUGCUGGAGUUUAUGCAUGUUAGCAUUGGCCUGCCAUGGUGGGGCGCCAUUGUUGCAGGCACCAUUUUUGCUCGGUGUGCUGUGUUCCCAGUCAUUGUAAAGGCACAGAGGGAAGCAGCCAAACUGUACAACGUCAUGCCAGAAAUGACCAAGCUCACCACCCGCAUCAACGAGGCCAAGCAGAGCGGUAACAAAUUUGAAUUUUCGAAAGCAUACACUGACUUGAUGAUGUUUCAGAAGAAACAUGAUGUGAACCCUUUGCGUGGGUUCCUAGUGCCCAUGGUACAGGCUCCAAUCUUCAUCUCUUUCUUCAUUGCCUUGCGUAAGAUGGCAUAUCUCCCCGUACCAAGUCUGCAGACUGGAGGCGUCUGGUGGUUCACAGACCUAACUGCAGCGGAUCCUUUUUACAUUCUCCCCAUUGCUGUGACUGGCACCAUGUUUGCCAUUUUAGAGCUGGGAGCUGAAUCUGGUGUAGACAACCCCAAUCUGAGGGCCAUGAAGACUGUCUUCAGGAUCAUGCCCUUUGUGAUCCUCCCUAUGACGAUUAGCUUCCCCACGGCAGUGUUCACCUACUGGAUGACCUCUAACCUCUUCUCACUGGGUCAGGUGGCCCUGCUGAGGCACCCAGUCGUGAGAGAGAAGUUACGUAUCCCAGAACGCAUCACUCACCCACCCUCAGCACUACCUCCCGAUGAAGGUUUCAUAAAAAGCAUCAAGAAAGGAUUGAAGAAUGCCCAGUUGGCUCAGCAGCUGGAGGAGAGAGAAAGAAGAAUUAAAGGACACCUGGAUCUGGCAGCCAAAGGUCCUCUUAGGCAGAAUUUUACCCAUAACCCCCUUCAACAGUCAGCAGCACCAGUGUCAACAGGAAAAUCAAGUCAUUCCAAGGAAGACAAGAAGAGGCCCUGAGAAGAGACACAAUUCUUAAAGGAGAAUUGUGAUGGAUUUGUACAUAUGUCUUGAGAAUGACUAAGGGAUGAGUGGAACAAUUAAGACUAAAUAAGUGUUUAAUGGAAAUGGUGUUGUGCUGGGCUUUCUUGCUAUUACAGAGCAAUCAUAUUGCCUUACCAUUAUCUUCUCUCUUUAGUAGUUUUCACCCACUUAAAAACAAUGGCUGAUUAAAUGUUAACAUUAA